GGCGGGGCGAGUUCGGAGGACUCCUCGGACUGCGCGGAACAUGGCGUUCUGGGGUUGGCGCGCCGCGGCAGCCGUGCGGCUGUGGGGCCGGGUAGUUGAACGGGCCGAGGCCGGGGGAGGCGUGGGGCCGUUCCAGGCCUGCGGCUGUCGGCUGGUGCUUGGCGGCAGGGACGAUGUCAGUGCGGGGCUGAGAGGCAGCCAUGGGGCCCGCGGUGAGCCCUUGGACCCUGCGCGCCCCUUGCAGAGGCCUCCUAGACCCGAGGUGCCCAGGGUAUUCCGGAGGCAGCCGAGGGCAGCAGCUCCCGGUUUCUUCUUUUCGAGUAUUAAAGGUGGAAGAAGGCCCAUAUCUUUUUCUGUGGGUGCUUCAAGUGUUGUUGGAAGUGGAGGCAACAGUGACAAGGGGAAGCUUUCCCUGCAGGAUGUAGCUGAGCUGAUUCGGGCCAGAGCCUGCCAGAGGGUGGUGGUCAUGGUGGGGGCCGGCAUCAGCACACCCAGUGGCAUUCCAGACUUCAGAUCUCCGGGGAGUGGCCUGUACAGCAACCUCCAGCAGUACCAUCUCCCAUACCCCGAGGCCAUUUUUGAACUCCCAUUCUUCUUUCACAACCCCAAGCCCUUUUUCACUUUGGCCAAGGAGCUGUACCCUGGAAACUACAAGCCCAACGUCACUCACUACUUCCUCCGGCUGCUUCAUGACAAGGGGCUGCUUCUGCGGCUGUACACGCAGAACAUCGAUGGGCUUGAGAGAGUGUCGGGCAUCCCUGCCUCAAAGCUGGUUGAAGCUCAUGGAACCUUUGCCUCUGCCACCUGCACGGUCUGCCGAAGACCCUUCCCAGGGGAGGACAUUCGGGCUGAUGUGAUGGCAGACAGGGUUCCCCGCUGCCCGGUGUGCACCGGCGUUGUGAAGCCCGACAUUGUGUUCUUUGGGGAGCCGCUGCCCCAGAAGUUCUUGCUGCAUGUGGUUGAUUUCCCCAUGGCAGAUCUGCUGCUCAUCCUUGGGACCUCCCUGGAGGUGGAGCCUUUUGCCAGCUUGACCGAGGCCGUGCGGAGCUCAGUUCCCCGACUGCUCAUCAACCGGGACUUGGUGGGGCCCUUGGCUUGGCAUCCUCGCAGCAGGGACGUGGCCCAGCUGGGGGACGUGGUUCACGGCGUGGAAAGGCUAGUGGAGCUUUUGGGCUGGACAGAAGAGAUGCGGGACCUUGUGCAGCGGGAAACUGGGAAGGUACAGACUGCUGAGGAGGACCAUCCAAGGGGCUGCCCUUCUCACUGCUCUAGGCUUGAUGGACCAGACAAAUAGGAUGGCUGCCCCCACACAAUAAAUGGUGACAUAGGAGACAUCCACAUCCCAAUUCUGACAAGACCUCAUGCCUGAAGACAGCUUGGGCAGGUGAAACCAGAAUAUGUGAACUGAGUGGACACCUGAGGCUGCCACUGGAAUGUCUUCUCAGGCCAUGAGCUGCACUGACUGGUAGGGCUGUGUUUACAUUCAGGGCCACCCCAUCACAUAUACAAAGGAGCUGCCUGCCUGUUUGCUGUGUUGAAUUCUUUACUCUGCUGAAGCUCCUAAUGGAAAAAGCUUUCUUCUGACUGUGACCCUCUUGAACUGAAACAGACCGACUGGAAUCCCAGACCGAGUCUGCUUUCUGUGCCCAGGUGAACGGCAAGCUCAGCAUCUGUUGGAUAGAGAUCCAGACUUGGGCCGAGCAGCCCCCAGCCCUCUUCAUGUUCCAAAGUGUAGUCUUGAGGCCCUGGUGCUGCACUUCUAGCAUGUUGGUCUCCUUUAGUAGGGCUAUUUUUAGUGAGAGAAAAUCUGUUCUUUCCAGCAUGAAAUACAUUUAAUCUCCUCAAAGGGAGUGCAAGUGUUGACAUGAGUUGGAAAGGGAACCCUGGCGUCCCCUCUAUUGGAACAGUCUGAGGACUGAAGGCAUUUGUCCCUGGAUUUAUUGGAGAUGGCCCAGCUCCUCCCUUUGAAGGUGGUCACAUUCUGUUGCAUCUCCAUACUUAGCCUCUCCUCCAGAAACAGAUCUGUUCCAGAACAUUCCAGCACUUUCUAUCUGGUCUCCUUGUCCCCACACUACGCCCCCCCACCCUCGCCAGGGCUUCCUCGAGUGACACUGUUAGAGCUAAUCUUUGAGACAGGGAAGGCAUUACUCACUUAAAACCCAGGCUGAGUCCUGGCCACCUGCUGGAUUGUGACAUAGGAGGUGGAAUCCACUGAGCUCCUACUUCUGCACAGGCUCCUUCUCCUGGGGCUGCACCAAAGCCCAGCUCUGAUGGCUCACCCUGUCAGGCACCAGCUGCUCCCUCCUGGGCUCUCACCCACAUGCACAUCCUCCUUCCUGGCAUCAGAUUACCUGCGUGUUUUCCCAGACAAAAGCACUUCCCAUUCCUGAACCUUGCCUACCCUGGGCUGAGCUGAUGGGAAUAGAUUUAAUGACAGUGACUCCCAGCAAGGGGGUCUUUGCUCCUUAAUAAGAACAAAAGGUGGAACUGGUGACCUAGGAAAACUGUUGAAUUCUAAAAAGAAUGAAGUUAGUUUCUAACCCUA